UUGAAAGAUAUGGUCACAUCGUUCAGGGCCCACGCCACGAAUUUCAAGCUGGAGGGGCCAAGUUCUAUAAGUCGAACUUGAAUUUAGAACCUCUUUGGAAAUAUUUUUGCUUACCAAAAAGUGAGGGGGCUGGCCCCGCCGGCCUCCGUAUGGUGGCGUGGGCCCUGUCUUUGCAAGUCUAUCCAGCGAGGCCUUUAAAGGAAAGAUCAAAGGACUUUUCAAGAAUUUAAACCCCUUCAAAUUCUUGACCUUUGUAUCUUUGAGUCAGUGAAAUUCGUUGAUCCGGUGUACUGGGAUGACGAGAAAGAUUACAGCGUUUGAGAUUUAACUCUGUUCAUAAUAUCUUUCAAGGCAAUACUGGAAACAGCAGAAUAUGCUUCCAGUUAAAGUUUAAGAUAAAAAGUUUUCACUGCAUGAAGAUCAUUCGAGACGUUUGUAAUGGCUUCUUAAUGUGGAAGCAAUGUCUGAUAUCUGUGACCCAAAAAAAUCUGAAAUCAAACACCAAGAAUUCCCUCAUCUUAUCCUUAUACUUUUUACUCUAUUUGGAAGCACAACUUCUUCUUUCCAAUGUUCAUUCAAAGACCUACCAUGCAAUCACUUUUUCAAUUGUUGUCAUCCUCUACAUCUUUAGUCAGAUUCUUUUUGAGUAAGCUAUCACCACGAAACAUAUCUCGCACCUUCAAAUAACACGUUAAAGAAAAACAAUGGGUUUAGUCGUGAUCCCUGGUGGAGCCCACCUCGUAUUUCAAAAGGAUCCGAAGUCGAACUUUGACUUCUAAGGAGCUGUCUAGUUUCCAUACUGCUCGACCUGACGCCGUAAUUAGUUUACCCUAAAUCUAACCCUAAACCUAACCCUAAACCUAACCCUAACCCUAAACCUAACCCUAACCCUAACCCUUUACUUGAAAUAAUUAUUCAUUCUAAUUUAUAACUAUUAAGCAUGCUUAUUUAUGACUAUCAGGUCGAGAAGAAUAGAAACUAGACAAUUCCGACUUCUAACUUCCAUAUGUAUUUCUCUACCCAUGGUUUAGGUAGUAACUCCUAAAUGUAACUAAGCAAGACUGAAAGUGAAAGAUAACAUAAAAUUGAAUUUGAAAACAAGUGAGAGCUUUUGUAACAAACGAAGCCAAUUUCGAUUACACUAUUACUCAAAAGAAUUAGCCAAAAUAUAGAUUAUGUUUAUUUUGUUUGGCUGGCCAAAUUUGGCCGUCAAACUUGAAGAAUUGUGCCGCCAAUCACUCCAAGCAUCUGGCAACCCAGAUUAGAGAUUAAAACUUUAUCGAUAUCGUACUUUAAGGUAUAGGCCAUGUGAAGAUUAAAACUUUAUCGAUAUCGUACUUUAAGGUAUAGGCCAUGUGAAGAUUAGAACUUUAUCGAUAUCGUACUUUAGGUAUAGGCCAUGUGAAGAUUAAAACUUUAUCGAUAUCGUACUUUAAGGUAUAGGCCAUGUGAAGAUUAGAACUUUAUCGAUAUCGUACUUUAGGUAUAGGCCAUGUGAAGAUUAAAACUUUAUCGAUAUCGUACUUUAAGGUAUAGGCCAUGUGAAGAUUAGAACUUUAUCGAUAUCGUACUUUAGGUAUAGGCCAUGUGAAGAUUAAAACUUUAUCGAUAUCGUACUUUAAGGUAUAGGCCAUGUGAAGAUUAGAACUUUAUCGAUAUCGUACUUUAGGUAUAGGCCAUGUGAAGAUUAAAACUUUAUCGAUAUCGUACUUUAAAGAGUAAGCCACCAGUUCUUCGUUUGUUAAAAACUUUUUAAUAACAAAGUGCACGUGAGUGAAACUUCUAAGCUCCAAUCUUUAUUAAAAAGCAAGCCAAAAAAAGUAUUCAAGAAGGAAGUUGCAAAUUUACAAUGAAAGUUCUGGAAAUUAAAUUGGCAUGGAAAAGAGUCAAUCUCGGCAGACUUGAUGUUUUCGAUCUGACGCGUACGUGUGCCUCCUUGCACUUGAUCUGCGAGGAAAAGCACCAAGUUCGCAUACAUUGACGAUUUAAUAACGGUAUCCCAUGGAAACGGUUGUAAGUGCUAAGGGGGUAGCAUCGUACUUUCUGUCAUUCGUAGUUCUGCGAUAAAGUAAAAACUAAAUAAAUGGCCAACUUCUUAUUGUGGACACCUUGAAUGGUUCCUAUAGAGCAUCUCUUGACAAAGGACAUUUUCUUAGUGUGAACACUACCCCCGUCAUUUUGCAUUGAUAUCAGUAAUAAAAGUUAGAUAAUGUGGCUGAUAUAAAAUUUUCCGGAUGUUACCAGGUAAACCUUAGUCGCAUCCCAGUUUUGAUUCAGUUUCUGUUUUGUACUGUAGCAAUACAUGGCAUAGCGCAAAUUACAAACAUGAGAAAAAUCAGCCGAGUGAGACGAUCUGGAAUUAUCGAUCGUAUUUUGCAGAUUUUCCUGACACUGACUGUUGUAACAACAGCAAUCGUGAAUCUGGUAUAUUUCUCAAACAUGAAAAAGGUUGACUCAAAGCAAGGCACUGUGAUCUCAGAUGAACUAAUUCGCGUCCAAGAUUCAGGCCAUGAGAAGAUCGACUUUGACACCCAAGUGAAAAUAUCAGAGGCUGAUGUUUUAGAUACAAGCCUUGAUGUCAAAAAGAGGGUGCUGCUAACUGCCCAGUCAGGCAAGCAACAUGCCUUCAUUUCAAUUGAUGAUGCAGUUGUUUAUGAGAAAAAAGAGGGCAACAGAGGAAUGCAUAUAAUUGUACUUAGCCAGCAUACGGGGAGUGUUAUGGCAUCUCGUGUUUUUGACACUUAUCUUGCAUCAUACGACAAAGAGAUCAGCGAGUUUCUCUCAUUUGUUUCUCAAGGCAGAGUGAUUGUCUUCCUGACGUUGGAUGAAGCAAGUUUUUCCUUGAAGCAGCAUGCAAGAGAGGUCAUUGCUAGUUAUGGUAGUAAACAUAUAAAGAAAAUUUAUAUCAGGGAUGCUUGGGUUUUCAUCACAGUAAAAGGGGAUAAGCCACUGACAGAAAAAUUUAGCUUGACAACAAAAAGGGGCGGUGUAAUUAGCGACGUUUGGCCUCCUCCAGCCACUGCUCAUGUUUAUUUGCAAUUGGUUCCAAAAGAGAAUGAAUGUAAUUUUGGAUUUGGAGAAGAAGCUGAAAGAAGAAGAAAUUUUUGUAGCAGCCAUGAUGCUUACGGCAAGAUCUGUAAUUGUUCUCACCCAGAGCCAAUUUAUUUCAGUCCCAAGCCUCUUAAAGGUAGCAACAUUACAGAUAUACCAAUAGUAAUUAUGGCUGCGGAGAGGCCGUUCUAUCUGCAUCGCAUGUUAGAUGUUUUCUUGAGGGUGCCAGGGGUAAAUCAUGCGAUGAUUACUGUUUAUAUUGACUGCGAGCAGUGCGAAGAACCUGAGGCCCUUUGUAAACUCUACAAUCUCAAGUUUGUUAGGCAUAACACCAACUGUGGCAGAGUCUGUCGGAUUAGCAACCAUUACAGAAAAACGAUCAAAGAAACCUUUGAUAUGCAUCCGGGUGCAAAGGCCAUGAUUAUUCUUGAAGAAGACCUUGAUGUUUCAAACGAUUUAAUGGACUAUUUUAGUCAGACAUACCCCCUUUUGAUAUCAGAUCCAAGUUUGUUUUGUGUUUCUGCUUGGAAUGAUCAAGGGUAUUCACACGUGGUACAAGACCCAGCGCAGCUUUACAGAAUAAAUGGUAUGCCUGGCCUUGGUUGGUGAGUGGUAUGCAUAAAUAUUCUUUUUUAUUUAGAUGAUGACGAAGAUGGCAAGUCUUUUUUUCAAAACUCCUUACUAAGCUUGCUAGGAAGAAGUAAGGAAGUUUUUGCGACUCGCAGAAGUUGUGUUAAUCGAAUGGGCAGUCAUGUGUUAAUCGAAAAAGUAUUCCCUAUAUCUCCUACCGACAGCAAAGUUUUUGUUUUUCGUUAUUUAAUAUUUGUUCCAGGUUACUAAACAAAAACCAUUAGCAAAUAAGGGUAGGAUGGCCCUCAUAAUGUUCUACCAUUGUCAAUCAUAAGACUGAAGGUGGUGUUCUCUCAUCAUUUGAACCAUUUAGUUUUGGGCUGUCGGUGCGCCAAUCGCAAAGACGGCCAUUAAUA